AUGGAGAUCCUAGCUGCUACCAGACACACCCCGGGAGCGUCCUCUUCUACUGCUACACCGCACGCUGAGUGGAGCUUAGAAAGCUUCCUCCAACAUCAUCCGACCAAAUUCAGUGGAAAUUGCCUCCCUGACGAGGCAUAUCAAUGGCUGCGCGACAUGGAUAGAAUUUUUAAUGCCAAAAGAUGCCCGGACGAGAAUCUGUUCAGAACCAAAUUCUACGAAGAAUACUUCCCUGACAGUGUACGGUUUGCUAAGGAGGUGGAGUUUCUUCAGUUGGUACAGGGAGGAAUGUCAGUUUCGGAAUAUACAAAUAAAUUCAAGCAUUUGGUGAGGUUCAACACUAUGGCAACCAGUGAAGAAUGGCAGUGUAGAAAAUUCGAGAAUGGGCUGAGGAGUGAUCUAAAGGUGUUGAUAUCCAGCCUAUGUAUUCGGUCUUUUCCUGCAAUGGUUGAGAGGGCAAAAGUAUUGGAGAAGAACAUGGCUGAAGUCGAACAUCAGAAGAAACAACAAGCAACCAGGGGACCGAUUCUAACGAGAACAAAUCUGAAUCGGAAUAGGACUCCUUACGCUCGACCAGUGCAGUCAAGUGGGUCUCAGGCGAUGGUUGUUGCUGGACAGCAGGGGUCGAUCAAAUGUUUUCAGUGUGGAGGGCCCCAUUACAAGUCAGCCUGUCCUCAAUUGAUAGGAGUGAAAUAUUGCACUCGCUGUAGAAGAAACGGCCACCUGGAGAACGAGUGCAAUAUGGGUGGACGUGCGGUUAUGAGACCACCGAACACUGGGAGGAAUCAGAUAAGAGGUGGUGGACGAGCUGUGGGGAGAGUAUAUGCGAUAACUGGAGCGGAGGCAGCAAGCUCAGGUACGCUCAUCACUGGUACCUGCUUAGUUCAUGGAAUAUCUUGUUGCGUGUUGUAUGAUUCGGGGGCAACACACUCCUUCAUCUCGAAGGCGUGCGUUGAUAAACUGGGUAUAUCCGAGAAUGAGAUGCAGUUCGAUUUGGUGGUGUCAACCCCAGCGGCUGGCGAGGUUAGGACGUCUACUAUAUGCGUUAGAUGUCCUAUUGAGGUAGAAGGGCGUAGAUAUAAG